GCAGCCUCAUCAGAAGGCGGAUCUGCUUGAGUCGCUUCCUGUAUGUUGUACAUAAAACACGUUGAAGACGUUAUAAAAGGUGGUCUCCUCUCUUUACGCCUGAUGCUAUCCAGUGCUCUCCGCUGCCUGCGUCCCUCCUCCUCCAGACAGCUGGCCCAUCUUCGGCCCCACAUGGAACCCAGUGGUCCUGUAGAGUCCACCAUACGGACCAAACUAACCCAGGCCCUCAAACCUGAGCACCUGGAGGUCAUAAACGAAAGCCACAUGCAUGCCGUGCACCCUGGUUCCGAGUCCCACUUCAGAGUUCUGGUGGUGAGUCCUCAGUUUGAGGGUCUUUCUCUUCUGCAGAGGCAUCGGCUUGUGAACGAGACUCUGCGGGACGAGCUCAGUUCCUGCGUUCAUGCCCUCGCCAUCCAGGCAAAGACGCCCCAGCAGUGGAGCAGCAACCCCAGCCUGGCCAAAAGCCCUGCGUGCCUUGGAGGAUCCAAACAUGAUAACACAGUGGCUGAAAAACUGAAGGCAGGUCGAGAGUGACUGUGAAGACGCAGUUUGUCAUUUCACAGACAUUUAAUGGUAUAAUGAUGAGAUCUGAAAAGAGAGAACAGCUGUUUUUUUUGCACAUUUGCCUCAUGCAUAUGUCUUUUCUAGAGAUGACUGAAACUAAUACUAAUUUAUUAUGAACCUAAAUGCAAAAAUGAAUAAACACAAUUAUUUCAUAUUGGUUUUGAGUGGCUUAGUACUAUAAAGAAGCUUCCAGGUUCUUGCUUAAUUUACACCAGAAGCAAUAACUUUAAUUUUAUGACUUGGACAUCAGAUGGCAACAAGCAAAUUAGCAUUACAUUUACAUUUAUGCAUUUGGCAGACGCUUUUAUCCAAAGCGACUUACAGUGCACUUAUUACAGGGACAAUCCCCCCGGAGCAACCUGGAUUAAGUGUCUUGCUCAAGGAAACAAUGGUGGUGGCUGUGGGGAUCGAACCAGCGACCUUCUGAUUAACAGUUAUGUGCUUUAGCCCACUACGCCACCACCACUCCAUUACAGUGUCCUAUUGGUUUAAUAUUGCAAUGUAAUUAAUAAACUGUUAUUGUGAAGUCAAUUGAGCAGUUAAUUUCAUCCACUGGGCAGUUACUGCUUAUUAAUCCUCAUGAAAACAUGUUUUAUAUUUAUUAGAUUUUGCAUGAAGAUUCCCUUGAUUUUUGCCAUUAUUUUCGUGACUUAAUUUACUUGAGUUUUUUGUAACUCCCAUUAUUCUCAAUGGUGAUUCUCAUACUGUAGUAUGAGCUUUAAAGGCAGUACAACAACAUCUAUCAUGAUGUAAAAAUACUGUGCAAUUUAAAUAAUGUAUCACAAUGAGAAUUAAAAAGCAUUUUUGUAAUUAAUGUGAAUUUGGGGCCUAAAAGGAGGAAUUAAUUUUCUUUUAACAAAAUACAAUUUCAAAUUGCUUCUGAUUUUGGGGUGAAGUAUGAAACACACAUGUUCUUGAGAUUUCGUGAUAAUCACCAGAGCAUGUAUAUUGUGUGUACAGCUGUCACUAGGUUAUAUUGUAUAUAUGAGCAUGGCUGAAACACUGUGUUGACCAAUCAGAAUGCUAAACUAGAACAAUUCAUUAAAUAAAUAUACUGUACUUGUGCUGUGCUGUAUUAUCUGAACUUUGCAGUUACAUGCUAGCUUGCACAAAUUGCACCACCAGAGGGCAACAUGACAUCAGAGUACAGCUUGAGAAAGUCAGCAUGAUGUGCUUUGAUGUGCACUGUAGAGUGGUGUCUCUUCAACUUCUGCAAAUGACUCCUUGUUAUAUGCAGUAAUUGCAAUAGUUACAAUUUUGAAAAAAAAAAAAAUGCA